CUCGCCAUGAAAAUCUCCACCUGAAACAAUUUACGAAAAGUCUCCCCCUUGUGUGUAUUUUUGUGUGCUGAUUCCUGAUGGCACUAGAGCAGGGGUCUGGAACUCCAGUCCUGACCUCCAGUGUGACCUCCAGCUUUUAGAUGUGCCACAGCUACAAAACGCUGGAAUGAAAUGGCUUAAUUACCUCCUCCUUGUCUCAAUAAGAUCUCCAGAGCCUUAAUGACCUAAUUAUCCCAUUCAGGUGUGGUGCAGCAGAGGCACAUCUAAAAGUUGCAGGACACCGGCCCUCCAGGACUGGAGUUUGACACCUUUGACGUAAAAGAACAGGCUUUUUGCCCCCCGACCCCCGGCGUUGUGCGCAUGCGCAACAUUUCCGAACGUAAACAAUCACAACACGGCAACGGAUCCAUUUCUCUCGCCUCUGACUGCCUCCCGGACGGGGGUGAGGCUCCGUUCGACACCACGCCUACCCAGAGCGCCGCUCCGCCUCGCCGGGUGAAAAAUGAUGCGAACCCGCACCCGCACUCGCACACGGAGGAAUAACUUCACAGUAGCGACCGGGGCGCUCCACAGACCGCCGCGCCUCGCACUCUUGUGAAAACAAGCUUCCAGCCCCCCUCUCGGCGAAAGGAGAUGAAGAGGAGGCUCCACAAGAAGUACCUGGUUUUGAUUCUGGCAUACACAGGCUUACUUCUGCUCGUCCCCUACGUGUUGGACAACCGGGACAAAUCCGCCCAGAAUGCCAAACUGCCGCAGCAGCAGCCGCGAUGCCCCGAGCUGGAGAACACGGUGGCGCUCCUGUGGGAUAGCGGUUUCAAAGGCAACGGCAGCGACGCCCCGGAGAACCCGGCGCCGACGAACAGGAGCCAGUCCCGGACGCACAUCUACCUGCACGCCACCUGGAGGACCGGCUCGUCGUUCCUGGGGGAGCUGUUCAACCAGCACCCGGACGUGUUCUACCUGUACGAGCCCAUGUGGCACAUCUGGCAGGCGCUGUACCCCGGCGACGCGGGCAGCCUGCAGGGCGCGGUGCGCGACAUGAUGAACUCCCUGUACCGCUGCGACUUCUCCGUCCUCAAACUUUACGCCGGCUCGCAGAACGUCACCACGGCGUUCAUCUUCGGCUGGAAGAUGAACAAGGUGAUCUGCUCGGAGCCGCUGUGCGACGCGCACCGGCGCCACGAAGUCGGGCUGGUGAGGGAGGACCGGUGCGCCAAGUGCCAGAGGCGGGACCUGCGGGAGCUGGAGAGGGAGUGCAAGAAGUACCCGGUGAUGGUGAUCAAGGGGGUGCGCGUCCUGGACCUGAGCACGCUGCUCCCGCUGAUGCGGGACCCGGCGAUCAACCUGCAGAUCGUCCAGCUCUUCAGGGACCCGCGGGCCGUGCACAACUCGCGGCUCAAGUCCAAGCAGGCCCUGGUGAAGGAGAGCAUCCAGGUGCUGCGCAGCAAGAAGCAGAGCGACAAGUACAAGCGCCUGCUGGUGCCCAGCAACAGGAUGAACCGCGCGGAGAACUACGUGGCGAGCGCCAUGGAGCUGAUCUGCGACAACUGGCUGAGCGACAUGAUGCUGGUGAUGAGCGCUCCGCCGUGGGUGAGGAGGAGCUACCUGCGCCUCCGCUACGAGGACCUGGUGCUGCGCCCCAUGGAGGAGCUGCAGCGGCUCUUCCGCUUCUCCAACCUCUCCAGCUUCCCGGCGCUGGAGAGGUUCGCGCUGAACAUGACGCGCGGCCACGGCUACUCGUCGGACAAGCCCUUCCUCAUAUCGUCCAGGGACGCGAAGGAGGCGAUCUACGCGUGGCGGGAGCGGCUGAACGUGGAGCAGAUCGGCCAGGUGGAGGCCUACUGCAGCGAGGUGAUGAGGCAGCUGGGCUACGAGAGGAACACGGCGGCGGUGUGAGAGUGUGUGGGGGGUCCUCCUAAUCAAGGCUGAGGGGCAGAAGGUGGAAUAACAAAACAGGCUCCAGGAAUGCAGUCCACUAGGAGCUCUCAAGCGUGCCUCUUGGGUUGUUUUUAUCCUCACCCGAGCUGGGUUGAUGAACUGGAGAAAUGGUGAUACUGAAAAGACGAGGAGAAGGAGGAGGAGGUGGUGCAUGUGUGUGUGGGGAUGGGCGACGGGGUGAGGGGGAGAGAAAGAGCAGCCAAUAGGACUCAGUUGGAUUUGAAACGGGGAGAAGGAAGCUUAUUUUCUCACCGUGCUGCCUGUUCGACACCAGCAGGGUCCCGUGGAGACACGGAGGAGUUGGGGUGGGGGGGGGUUACAAAACAAGAGACGGGGGCUGGUUUGUGCUGCUGUUACUCUGGCCGACCUCUGUCCUUUUUAGAAGCACUAAUCCCUCCUCAAAUCCUGUUCAAACCGGGGCCAUAAAAAAAAAACCUGAGAUGGGGGGCCUUUCUCGGGACAUGGAUCCAGGGUGGCAGCGUUAAGUUCAGCCUUACUGGAGAGAUUCAUCCAUCCGGCCUGUGACUCAGCACAACAGCAACCCCCCUGCAUUACUGACUUACUGGUAUUAGACAGAGACUGGCUCACUAACAGUGCUGAAAGGAGAAACUACAGUAUUUUUCUGGGGUGGGGUAAAAACCCCCCAAACCCCUUUUACUGAGAGGCUAUUGUUCCGCCCCUGGCCCCUCUCAGGAAUCCAGACAGCUGCAAGAGUAAAUCUCUCACAUGGGUGUGAAAUUUUCUGAUCAGUCGCAGAAUUCCUGACGACCUGCUUCUGUCCUCCGACCGGUGGACCUCUGCGUUCGUUUCCUUCAAUCCGCAACGGUCCACAGCGUCCUCCGAUCCGGUGACGUCCCCGUGGUCCAGGAGGCAUUUCAACACCGUCGACGCGUUCGAUUUCAGAAGUCGGUUCUGUUAGAAUUACUUUUACUUGAAUACUUGUGGAAGUGUGACAGAAAGGAGGACCUUCAAGCUAUUUAAGUUCAACGAAUGUAUGUUACUGCUUGUAUUAAUCUUGUUGUCAUGAUUUCCAGAUUCAUACAGUUGAUUAUUGACCUGUCAGAAUCCUCUGUUACAUGAUCUGGGUUUUGUCCGAAGUACUUCCCUUAAAUGAAAAGUACAAUUGGAACAUGGCUUCAGCAACAAAACAUGGGACUCUUAAACAGGACAUUAUUCAAUUGCAGCAGAUCACAGCUGAUCAUCAUGUAUAAUGCUUUGCAAAAGUAGUCAGACGCUCUUUGUUGGGAUUUUUUUUUUCCCCAGCAUGCAAAGUGGAGCAUAAUUGUGAAGAAUUAUAUUCUUUAUAAAAAAAAAAAUACAUUCAAACCAGCCUUCUUGUCCAGUCAUCUCCAUAACAUGAUGCAGCCACCACCGUGUUUCACUCUGGGGAUGGUGAGUUCAGGGUAAUGGGCUGGGUCAGCUUUCUGAAUGAAGGCCAAAAAAAUGACAUGUUGGUGUCCGAGCAGCAAAUGGUAAACUGAUCGUACUUGUAUAGCACUUUAUAACACUUGUACAUUCAGUAGUGCUUCCACACUACUGAAUGCAGGCUGAAAACAUUUCAGUCAUUCUGAAAACCAAACGACUGAAGCUUUAGCUGUGUUUUUAAGGUCAUAUUCAUGUAAGAAAGACAGGUCAAAUUCCAGUAUUACCUUGUUUUAGCUCUAUCCAUCUCCACAUCAGUGUCCCCACUCAAGACAUGAGUCUACCUCUGCAAUGUCGCUCCCAUAUGAUCACAGCAAUGUUUUUUUUUACAGGCUUGAAUCAUGUUUUGCAUGAAUACUUUUGCAGAGCAUUUUAUAUGCAUGUAUAUAUUGAUGUACUAGUUCAUAAAGUAACUAUUCGGUGCCGGUUUAAGGCCAUUAUUUUAUGGCCAUUUGAAACACAUUUGGUUAUCAUUUGUUAUCAUGAUAUCACUAUAACUUAACAUUCUAGUAUGUGACUGAUGUGUUUGGGGGUUUUUUGGAAUCACAAUGUCUAAACUCAAGGCGAAUUAGUGGCGAGUGGUGCAUUUGAUAAAACUAGAGUGCAUUUUAUCAAAGCUGCAGUGUGUAAUUUUUAUAACUUUACAUAUUUUUUGAAACUGUCACCAUGCGGUGACAGUAUGGCAUGAGACAGAUAAUCUGUGAAAAGAGCGAGCUCCUCCGCCUUCUCCCAGUUUCCCAGUUUGGUUGUUUCUAAAAAGAAACCACCAAUCAGAGCGAAAAGGUGGGGCUUAGUGCCGUCAAUCAAUCUCAUGUGGUUCUCCUGUAACAGUAAGUCACUGUUACAGGACUUACUAAAUGUUGUUAGAACAUUUAGCAACACUGAGCACUAGCUCUGACCUAGCUCUGAUUGGUUGCUGUUGGUCGGGAGCAGAUACAUUUCUUCAGCUAGCAGCCGUAGCUCUGCUGUGAGGCGGAGCAGAUUGAUCUUUUCACAGAUUUUCUGUCAUGUCAUACUCGCAAGAAAACCAUAUGCAGUUUGCAGCAUAUAGCAAACUGUUUGCUGCAGUUACAUACUGCAACAAACAAAUUCGUUUGCUGCAGUAUGUAACAAGAUAGUUACAUACUGCAGCUUUAGAUCCUUGAACUAAAAGGCUUUCUGAGUUAAGUGGAGCACAGCAGUGGCGAACCCAGAACUUCAAGAUUUUUAUUGACAUGUUGACAUGCAGACCAUGGCACACAGAACCUGUCAUCCAGCCGCCGCUGGAGACGACAGGUGCACAUAUUUACACUUUGGCUACAUCUCAUAUUUCUCAGGUGCAGAGAAGGUUUAAAUAUAGCCGACAGGCUGACAGCACAGCGGUGUGGAGGGCAAGAAGUGCAUAUGAAAGAUUAGCAAAGAGUCCAACAAGUGUCCUCUGCUUGCCGUACUGCGCGACUCUCUUGGGUUUGCUGUCUGUUGAGUUCUCCCCCUUGUCUUUUGAGGGGACAACACUACAUCAUGUCUCAAUCCAUGCAAGUUCCUGUUCUGUGAAUUGUCUUUGAAUAAAGGAGAGACGGAAAGGGACAUUUUCCAACACGAA